AUGAAAAUUGCUAAUUUAUUGUUGUGCUUGGUUGUUAUACAUAGAAUAUAAUUUGAAUAAUUCAAAUAAGCUGUUGAUUUUGAUCCAGCAUUUAUAGGUUCUCCUAAUUGCAAUGCAGAUAAUUAAUAUCAAAAUACUAUGAGGCAUAUUGAAAAAAAAUAAUGAAAGAUUUUUACCUUAUAUUACAAUUUUGAAAGAAGGUGAGAUCGAAUUGCAAGAAGAUCACAGUGUAUUAUAACAGGCAAAAGAGAAGAUCAUUUAAACAAGAGAAUUUAUAGAAAGUCUGGAUGAAGGUUGUAUCUAAAUUGAUUCUUGGAAUUUCAAUCAAAUUAUUGAUUAAACUAUUGAUUAUAAUCCUUAGGUCCAAGAGGUGUGGAAGAAGGAAAUAGGAUGUUAAGAGGAAGAUACUGAUGUUGAGAAUCCUUUUGAUGGGGAUAAGGUUAAAUAUAAGAAAGAGAGAAAAGCACAUAAGAAUACCCAUGCAUUUGCCCAAAUAAAGAAUGGAAGUAAAUUAUCAAAGUUUAAGAGUGUAUGAGUGAUAAUUAAUGAUUAGAAAAUCAGUAAAUUAAUGUUAAUGGCAACUAAGAUGUAAGAUAAUUAAGAUAAAAAUGGCUUAAAAAGAAAACAGAGAAAAAUAGAAUUAUGUGAUGAAAUUAUAGAUGAGUUGAUAGAUAUGAUAUUAAUUUUAGAAAAAGUGAUGAAUGAUUAUGUAAAAAGUAUUAUGAUAUACAUAAGGGCAAUUAAAAUGAAAUCUAUGAAUUAUACAAUUAAAGUAACAAUAGAUUUAAGAAGUUGCAACUAAUUUGUGGUCAAACGGUGAUUAGUUAUUAGGAUGUAGGUUUGAUUGAG